ACACACGGACGGACACACUCUCUCACACAGGAAGAGCAGCUGCCGCUGCUGCUGCUGCUCGCCUUCCUCCCUUGGAGCCUCUCCUCCUUCUCAUACACAUCAUCUCUCCAUCAGCACAAAACAUCGGAGUGUCACCUUGCGCUUUACUUUGCCACUGCUGCUCAUCACUCGGCUGGUGCUCCUCUCUCCAGCGAGACAACGACAGACUACAGCGCCCCCCCUGCCCAUCUUCAUCCUCCUGCUGCCUCUAUCUAUCUAUAUCGAUCAAGGAGUGAGUGAAGCAGUGAGUGAAAUCUACACUGUCUGGCCGAUGGAGUGAAAUAUAUCUACUAGUCGAGCGUCAGCAUAGCGCUCAGGCUCAGAAAGCUCGGGAAGCGGCACGCCACUGCAAGUCACUUUAUUGUCCUAACGAGCGACCGAGACGGAGAGUCGGGGGGAGAGAGGGAGGGGGAGUGAGAGAUAGAGAGAGAGAUCGGCUGUCGAGUACUAUUCUCGUACUAGGAGUCGCCUGGCGGCACUCUGUGGUGCGGCUCGGCAGCGCUGCGUCGACCUUUUCCAUAACGUUUUGCCUCGCGUUGCCAAGCUCGUCGACGCUCAGGCUCUGGCUCAUGGACGACAGAGUAGUUUAUUGGUGUGCUUGAAGCCUGUCCAAUAAGACACCCAAGGGAGGGAGUACUCUCGGUGUGGAGAAAACGCGCGAGGAGAUGGAUGGGGCUUCAGGAUUCUGUAGGAACGGGUGAGUGAAGGACAGACAGCCUGCAGUCUGACUGGCCCAAAAUAGGAGAAGAGAAGGGGGCUUGCAGCAGAAGUGUGAAAUUUCGAGUUAGGGAUAGGAGGCACUGAUUUGCGAAGAAGGCGAGAAGAGACGCUGCCUGAUUUGGUGGAUUGGUCGUCCGAGCUGCUCACACAACCUCGGGUUUUCGUCUUCUGCCUGCCUGCCUGCCCGCCCAAGUUCGCUCCGGCUGUGACCCAGCAACGACUGAGAUCGACACGCGAAGGAGGAGCUGGUGCACGAAAUACUCGCUCUAGCAGCAACCUCUGUGGCUGCUGCUACUGCUGCUUCUGCGACACACAGACUGACUAACUGACUGAGAGCAACUCGAGGCGCAAGGAGAUGAAGAUUAGUGGAAGAGUUUACUUCUGAGGUUUAGACACCGGGGAGGGGAUGAGAGCCUGUGAAGUGCAUGGCAAAUAGUCGAGGGCAGCGGGGACCUGGGGUGCCCGCGCCUAUCGCAUCAGCAUCGCCCCCUGUACUCCACGGCAUGCAAGGCCUAUCGUCUUCACCUCCUCAUCUCAUAGCAAGUUUUGGUGCGGAGCCAAUCAAAGAUCACACUGGAGGAUACGACCUCGGAGAGCUUGAGCAACCCCUUAGCUUCAAUCUGGACGAAGAGCUAGACCUUGGAGAAAGACAUUCGACUGUUACAUCGCGACCAACGCUCCACAUACUGCAGUCAGGCCCCUUUCGCUUCAGUGACACCGCAAACAAGCAACGACAACAGCCGAAUCAGCAACAGCAGCAGCAGCAGUCGUCUCAGGUCACUUCCCCAUCCGCUGCAAGCACAGAUUCGCGAUCUGCACACUUCACACCUAGAAGGCACCCGAGCUUUGAGUCCCCGUCAAGCAGGCAAUUUGAACAUUGGGGAGACUCACGGAUGGCUGAUAAUAGCCCCCGUACUGAUACCUCUACUGAUAUGGAAGCUGACGUGAAGUUGGAGGAUGCACACCAUGGGGCUAAUGCAGGGUCCAAUGCCUCCGAUCACGAAGCCACCAAAAAUGGUGACUCCAAAGCACUGCGGCGCUUAGCGCAAAAUCGAGAAGCAGCCCGAAAAUCCCGGCUGCGGAAGAAGGCUUAUGUGCAGCAACUCGAGUCUAGCCGAAUCAAGCUCAAUCAGCUUGAGCAGGAGUUGCAGCGGGCCAGGCAGCAGGGAGUCUAUCAUCUGGGUGGUUACGGGGACCAGAACCCCCAUGGUGUGGGAGGUAAUGGCGUCAACGGGGCUAUCAAUCCCGGCGCCGCUGCCUUCGACAUGGAGUAUGGGCGGUGGGUGGACGAGCAGAUCCGUCAAAUGUGCGACCUUCGUGCCGCAUUGCAGGCGCACGUCGCCGACAACGAACUUCGUGUAUUAGUGGAUGGAGGGAUGGCUCACUACGAUGAGAUUUUUCGUCUGAAGAGUAUCGCGGCGAAGGCGGAUGUAUUUCACCUCGUCUCGGGCAUGUGGAAGACACCAGCUGAGCGGUGUUUCAUGUGGAUGGGAGGAUUCCGCCCGUCUGAGCUUCUGAAGAUUCUAAUCCCUCAAAUCGAACCCUUGACCGAGCAGCAGUUGCUUGGUAUCUGCAAUCUUCAACAGUCGUCGCAACAGGCUGAAGAUGCUUUAUCUCAGGGUAUGGAGGCACUACAGCAGUCUCUAGCAGACACAUUAGCGGCGGGUUCCUUGGGCUCAUCUCCGAAUGUGGCCAACUAUAUGGGGCAAAUGGCGAUGGCCAUGGGCAAGCUUGGCACCUUGGAAUCUUUCGUACGCCAGGCCGACAAUCUUCGGCAACAGACUCUUCAGCAAAUGUAUCGUAUCUUAACAACACGGCAAGCAGCCCGUGGUCUUCUGGCGAUGGGGGACUAUUUUGCCCGGCUGCGAGCAUUGAGCUCCCUUUGGUCUGCUCGUCCUAGAGAUUGAGUUGUUUGGGUUCUCUGUGAGAGAAUGUAAAGGUGCUGUCCCGACAUCAUACGUAUGUGACAUCCCGUUUCGGCGUACCGAAGCCACAGCUGUGAACGAUCCUGAAAUAGAUACCCACAUUUGGUAUGGCCAGCUGUUGAUGAUGGCCGGACACAGGGUUGAUGAAGGGUUGUGAGGGUGGAUGAAUGUGGAGGGUAUGUCAGAUGUAGGCUUGAAGUAUUUUCGGCGCUUGUUGGUGCGGGUGGUAGGGUUGUCCAUAUUUCCUUUGUUUCGACUGUACACAGUUUGGGGUUUCCGAGCCUUCGGUUGAGCUCUGACUGCUUUCCACGAAUGUUGCUUGCUUGCUUGCUCUCUCUAGCUCUGCUGCUGUAGCUGGCUAGGUACCUCGCUGGGAAGGUAGAUUCUUGGAUGGGUUUUGACUGCAGUGUUCUACGGCGCUCAUGGAAGAUCAUCUCGAGGCUCUUCUCUUGUGUGGUUUGCCCGCCUCUGCCGUGCCUAAGUCAAGUCGUCAUCGUCCCUCACACCCUUCAGAGCGCUAUCCAGCCUGGACACGACUGUUCUGCACGCACUCCUCUCUUCCCUGCAGGAGAGCGAUCGACCUAGAGAUGACGGAAGAAGUUUUGAGGUUACAUGCGGUUUGCGGAUGAUGCUGAUGCUGAUGAUGGAUGAUGUUCUGGAUCAUGGUUGACUACUCAGCGACGUAGUUCCAGUGGCAGAGCCAGAGCACAUGGUCCCUCAUCUCUUGGCAGCACCGAUCAUCUCGACUGUGCGUGCGCUUAUGUGCAGAGCGUGUGAAGCUCCUACGUUAGCUAGGUGCUAUUACCCUAGUACUUUUCAGGUUAGUAACUUAAGUACAGUAAUUUAAAUUAAGCUAUCUCUAGGUUGUAAGUAAAUUGCUCAGGGAGGUGGAGCUUACAUGGUUCAGUGUCCUAUUCUUUCUCCCUACAGGAUUUCUCAUCAUGUACGUACUGUGCUUGAUCAGCUCUAAGUGAAGUAUGUUUUCGGCCAGAAGCCGUCUACCCUAGUGUACCUAGCAUAGUCUUCUGCCAGAGCACCACUUAACACUCUUUUUGAAAGUGACAUUGAUCAAUCAUGCACCUACAUAUUUAUGUGCCUCCACCUUCUAUUCGAUAGUAAAAUUUUUUUGCACUACUUCCUGACU